GUACAUUUGCUGACAGUCUCUUGCGCUUAAUGGCCAAUAUCUGAAAAUCACCUGCAAAAAAAUGGAUCUGCAAACUACCUAGACGAAAGUAUGACUGAAAAGUCCAGAACAAUAAACCAGUGGUAUGUCUCUUUUGAGAAAGGAAAAGAUUUUGAUUCUUGGGGCCAGCUGGUGGAAGCCGCCGAGGAGUAUUCAAGGUACCACAUAAGAACGAUAUGUCUGUUUUAUUUGCUUUCCUCUUUCAUAUGCAGUACACACAUUUUGCUCCGUAAUUCACUGCAAUCUCAUAGGAAGCAACGACGCCUAUCUAAGCUACUUAUGGCUAGCUUCGUUAGUGGAUUUUGGCCUGAAUAGGUAGAAUUUUUAAGGUCAUUUAGUGUUGCAUGAAACGGUACUGUUUCGAUUCUUGUUUGCGGAAUAAAUUUAAGCCCUCAGAAUUUGAAAGUGGCUUAAUUUUUUCCAGAAAACAUUUUUAAUUUUUUAGUUAAGAUUCUGGUUUAGUCUUUUUUAAACCAUUUUCAGUAUAAAUGGUUGAAACUACCCAAGAAAUUUCCCAAGAGAAGAUGAUCAUAGUUUACUGUGUGUAUAUUUUUCACGACUAAAAAAAACCCUAGACUGUGUAUUAUGAUAAGCUUGUGAAGAUUGGUAACAGCUAUCUAGGAAUGGUUUAACAUAAACUUGUCGAAAUAAAUGCGGUAGCAACAGCGCGAGUCUGUGUAGAAAUAAUCGUUUUUAGAUAUGUUCAGGGUGAUAAAUGUUUAGAAUGUUCAAAUUUGGAUAUAUAACAUGUAUAUUAAACGUAAGUGUUUCAUUUUAAACAAUAAGCUCUGCUCCAGUUUAAUCAUAUUUUACUGCUCUAGCAGGUGAAUUUUUGUUAUAAAUAAAUUUCAAUUGUCUUUCUCUUGAAAUACUUUGUAAACAUUCUCUUUUGUCAUUUUUAAUUAAUUUUUUUGCAUGGCCUCAGGCCUGCCUAAGUCAUAUACAAAUCUAUGUCACCUAAUAUUUAAUUUUCACAAUUUUAAUUUUUUUUUUUUUUUUACACUUGGGGAGAAUUUAAAAUGUAGCCACUGACUAUGUACUGUUAAAUCUGUAUAUAUAUGAUAUACCUAUCUAUUAAUUUUUUUCCCAAGAUCUGAUUAUUAAUUCUCCCCUCUAACUGCUACAGAUUUCCUUGUAAGUUAGUUACAAGAUUUUAAUAUUAGAUCAAGAAUUAACAUCUAGCUGAUAAGUUUGAGUAUUGUCAUUACCUGUUUGCUGAGUAAUAUAUGGAAUUUAUUACAGGGAGAACAGUGUUCUCCCUUAUUUUAAGCAUGACAGAUAAAAUAAAUUUUCAAACCAUUAAAGGAAUCCUUUUACCUGUUGAAUUUUCAAGAAUUCCAAGCAAUUUUAAAUAGUAAUAAGAGAUAUUACAGGCAGUAAAUUUUGUUGGUUACCGCCUGAAAAGAAGAACACUGGGGAGAAGUUACUUGUCAAUCAACUCUGAGAGUUGAAGGAUUAAAAUUUUUCUUGAUAAUCUGCCCACAAUAUUGACUAAUGAGCUUAUUUAGAAUUUUCAAAUCUGAUUCUCUUUGCUUUUCUCUCUCUUUAACCUUCCUCAAUGAAAUUCUUGUAGUUGACCACUGAUUAAUAAAGAAAGUUGUUUUGUCUAGACUCGCUAGAGACUUGAAAAAACAUUGUACUCUGGGAAACAAGAUGUUUCAAGAGGAACAGAAGGUUUGUGGAGACAGAGUUAAAACUUUCAUUAUUGUGUAUAAAUCAAUGUUUAAAGCAAAAUAUAUUAAUUGACCGCAUCAAUCUUGAAACAGACACACCCCUGACUUGCCAUAUUGCCAAAACACUGAGUUGCAUAUGCCACUAAGUAAUAUUUAAUGUAGUUCAUAUAUUCAUUAAGCAGACAGAUUCUUUUGGCUAUCUAUUCGUUAGACACGUAAGUAAAAGGGGUAGGUUUCUAAAGAAAAUGUAGGGCUACAUUGGUGUGAGAGCAUUCAGUUUAAUUUGGUUCUAUUAACUGAGUUGAUAAAAAUGUAAAUUGGCUACAGUAAAGAGUUUAAAAGCUGACAUUUCAAGCGUUAGCCCUUCAUCAGAGCCCUUCAUCCAAUGCUCAAAAUGUCAGCUUUUUAAAAUUCUUUACGUUGGCUGAUUUACAUUAUCAACUCAGUUGAUAUUACACCAAAUUACCCUGAACAUUCUCACACUGAUCCAGUUUUUUUAGAAACUUACCCCUUUAUUAGACACACUCCAGUGCUUUCAAAUGACUGUAAACACUUGAAAGGGUUUGACCAUUGCAGAAAAAAAAUAACAUUUGCAGGGAGGGCCAAGUAGAUUUGGUCCAUUUGCUCCAUUUACUGCUCAAGAAUUAAAGAUAGACAUAGCCAUUUACAUGAUUAUGGCACACAAAUUUUUGCUUUAAUUUUAUUGAUAACAAAUUAAAUGUAAUGUUUGUUCUAUAGAAACUGAUGCUUAAAAUGUCAGCCUGUUUUGAGAAGAGAAGCAAAAUAUUACUAUCCACUCAGGUGAAUUUGACUGUGAUCAUGUUUGGUUUGAUAAUAUUAUGAGGUUUUUUCUUGCAUGAGGAAAAAAAAAGGCGAAAUUCAUUUAGACCGUGAGUUCUGUUAUAUACUGUAUAUGGUUAUUGAGAAGAGUGAGUGCUUAGGAAGGAGAUUGCUCAUCAAUAGUGCAUCAAUUUAGUAUAACCUUGGCACCAUAUCUUCGAAACACAUUUACUAUAAUAAGCUUAAUACUUAACAAUUAUUUCAUAAGCGCUGUUGAAUAUUAAAUGAUGAAUUGCAAAUCUUGUGUCCAACAAGCAUGAAUAGAAUAAUCGUCUUAUUAUGAACACUAGCUAUGGGAGCUUAAUGAAUUUGUUUUAAUCCUAAGAUUAAGAAAUACUUGUAUGUAUUAGUUUCUAUAUAAGGUGAUUGGCCUGGUGAUUGGGUAUAUGAUAACUGGAGUUAAAUGGGCCAAUCAGAGCAUUAGAAAUUCAAUAACCAGAGUUGAAAAUUUAAUAACAAUGAUUAUUAUAAUCACAUACACAAAAAUUUGGAAGUAAAUCAAUCGGUUAAUUUUAAUUAAUAAUUGAUUUAGUCUUGAAAUGUUUACAGUUCAUCUUCUCAAUUGUAUAUUAUUACUUUUUAUUUUGAUUCAAAAUAAGGCUAGAGAUGAUGAGAUCUCAUUUAAUGAUAUCAAGAAAGUUGGUGAAGGUGAGUGUGCAUUGUUUGUUACUAUGCUGUCAUUGCUCCCUGCAUAUAACUGUACAGUAUAUGUUUCAAUAAUCCAUUUUACAGUUGAGUGCUAGGUUGCCAUUAGCCUUCAAACAGGAGUGAGGCUAAGGGUGACCUUGUUAUGACACAUACAUUGCUGCUUUUUAAAUUAAUGUAAAUUACUUUGUUAUCAGUUGCUAACUAGAUACUGGUCUCUAUCACAACAAGGUCACCUUCAGCCUCACUUUAGAUCAAAGGCUCAGCAACUAACAUAAACAACUGUAAAAUGGCUAGUAAUUUAGAAACAAUUGAUACAACCUCUUUGAGGGAGACAGUGGUGUAAUGAUUAAGUGCCCGCCAAUAUUCUUAUAACAACCUCUCAACUUUCAGCACAACAAAAAAUGUCCCAAUGAUAUUCCUAUGAAGCCAGCUUCAUCACAAUAUUUCUAUUAACUGGUUUGUCUUAGUUUUUAAAAUAAUUCUUAUUUUACAACAGUUUUAACUGCAGAUUACCAUUAUCAACUCUUUUUGCACAGUGUUGAGAAACUUAAAUGUAGGUUGGAAUGGUCCUUUUCCAGUCAGGAUCGAAGAGCCUAAAACAAGGUUAGUCAUAAUUUAGAUCAAUAAGUAAGUUUUAGGUUGUUAUUUUUAUAACUGGUGGGGCCAGCAAGAAAUAAAAUUAAAAAUUUCAAGCUGAUUGAAUAGAUGAUCUUGGUUAGCUCAUCAAAUUUUUGGCACCACACAUACAGGAAGGAAAUUUUUUAUAGUCCAUUUUGCAGUUGCAUGCUUGGUUGCCAAGCCUUUGAACAGGAGUGAGGCUAAGGGUGACCUUGUUAUGAUACAGACAUUGCUGCUUUGUAAAUUACUUUGUUAUCAUGCUAAUUAGAUACUGGUCUCUAUCACAACAAGGUCACUUUCAGCCUCACUCCAAAUCAAAGGCUUGGCAACUAAAUGCAUUACUGUAAAAUGGCCAAUUAAACUUUUGCCUCUUCUAAAAUAAAGAUCACCAAAUUGAUCAGGUCUUCAGUGACAUGUGACUUGAUGGGUCCUGUCCAGAUCAUUGGCAAGUUGAACCUUUCCUUGGUUCUUUCUUCAUUCAGGGUCAUUUUUUGGUUUCUGAUGUAAAUUGUCUCUCAAACAUUACUGCUAUCUGAAGGAUGGAAAGCCUACAACUUUUUUUUCUGUUCUGUAUAGCCUCAAAAAUUUUUAAAAGCUGACUGAAAAUGCAAAUUCCUACCUAUUUAAUUGUUCAUUUGAUUAUUAUUGAGUAGUUGAUAUGUGCAAAUUAAAUUUUGUUAGUGAUACUGAUGUAACAGAAUAUGGAGAUGAAAAUGGAACUGAGCAUGUUUCUUCAGUUGGUGAGUUCUUUCCUUUUUUAAUGCAUGAACACACUUUAAGAUCUUAUAGGCAUUCAAGUUAUUACUUGAGUACACCAGUGUACUCUGUCAUAGAACAUCACUAUGUCUGGUGUCUUUUCUAUCAGUAAUCAUACAGUUCAGUGUGUGACACAGAUUACUUAUACUGCCUAGGAUCCCAUUUUCAGAUAGGGCGAUAGUUACCUCAAAAUUAGAGUUGGGCAUGAUUAAUACUCUUCUAUGCCCUUGAAAAUUAAUGUGCUUUUGAUUGAAUGAAAAUUCCUGAUAUUGCAAUUGUUUUUAAAACAUGCUUAUACCAACUGAUUGAAAAGGCUAGUUUACAGAAAUGCAAUAAAAACAGCAGUGUGGCACACCAUUUAUGAAAGAGUUCUAGAAACUUACAGAAGAGAACUAUCAGUAACAGUACUCAGUUGAAAUAAUCUGGUCGUGUAUUUAGCAUGUUAAACAACCACAACCCUUUUUCAGAUAUUAAUCUUACAUAUGUCAUACAUUUUUUUGUUUUUGUUGUAUUUUCUCUCUGUCAUAUAAUGAUGUUCAUCUUUUUUCUUGUUUUUUAAGCUGAAGGAGGGUCUCUGUUGCCGCGUAUCCCAUUCGAAGAAGGAUAUCAUCGACUUGUUGUACGAAUCAACCAGAUUGGACUGAAGGAUGCCCAUGUGUACAUUAAUCCAUUUUUUACUGUGUCUGUGAAAGGUAACGAUCAGUGAUUAUUAUAAUGCCAAGGUGGAGGGGAUGUUAACUAAUUCCUUUAACCCCUAAGAGUCACCAUGAGCAUGUAAUUUCUCCUCUCAAUUUCAUCCCUAAAACACACAUAGGGUCACAAGAAUAAACAAAAUGAUCACCAACAAAAGAAGUUCUCGAUUGUUAGGUACAUUCUCCUUACCAGCAACUUAGGAAAUGUAAGGAGAACAGUAUGGAGAAUAUGCAUACUGAUAUUUAGGGUGUAAAGAGCUAACAAAUAAAUGCAGCAAAAUUUGUAUUGAACUAUUGAGCGUUUUCCUCUCCACAGAUGCCAAUGGUGUGAAUGUCACCCCAGCUCAAGAUACACCCACUUCAAACAGAGUUAAUGGAAAGUUUAUCAACUUUGAUACUGAUGUAGAAAUUCAAAAGCCUAUAGAGAAACUUCCAAGAGGUUAGAGUUGUUUUUUUUUUGUUUUUUUUUUUGUUUUUUUUUAAUUCUAUGUGUCUAUUGGGCUCUUUGUCAAAAAGAACAUUGUCAAAGGGAGGACUCUUAAAAAAGAGGAGAUAAUUCCACCAAUCACAGCUAAAUAAGAUUUCAGAAGAGGAAGUUUGAUUCAUUUCUAACAAAUUCACUGAGUACCAAGCCAGUACAGUUUGUUGAUUUGAAAUUAAAAGCUCUGUUUUGACCAAACUUUUUUUUUGAAUGGUCAGUAUUUAAUUGAAAGGGAACACAGAAAAAAGGCUGUGAUGCAGCAUCUUCUUCUCCCCACUGUUUCACAAGGGAACACAGGAAAAUUUGAAAGGAAAAUGGUGUAGUCUAUCAGAAGUCACAAUAAGAAGCUUUUUCCGUACAUCCCUUCCAUUUGUCUUACAUGGUUCUCACUCUGUACAUGUUUGAUUUAUUCUGACAAAUCCAGCCUUAUCUGUCUUAACUUCCCGGAAGUUAAAAAUAGUGUAAAAUUUCUCCAUGCCAUGUCAAUCGAGCAGGUGAUAAAACAAAGUUCUCAGGAGCAAGAUGUUACAUUCUAAUAAAGCCAACGUUCUCCAAAAAUGUUUAUAAGUUAAAAUGUACAAUGACUAUAAGAGAGAAUCUCUUGUUAGUUACUGGCCAGUUAAAACGUGUUAAGACUUCUCGUUGUUUUCACAAUACAGGUACCGCAAUAUUCUUCGAGUUUAAACAUUACAAACCGAAAAAGGAUAUUGUGAGCACAAGGUGUUUUGCUUUCAUGGAACAGGACGAGUUUAAACCUGGUCCUGCCUGUAUCGAACUGUAAGUAAAUACGACUAUUUGUUAACUGCAUCAGGGACGCUUUCAUGAUAUAAGCAAUCUUAGCAAUCAAAAUUGACUAAAGUGUUUGUACAGACAUAAGCGGUGGCCUUGAGGUCGUAUUAAAAGGGUCUGGGUCAGAGCCUAAUUCCGGAAUACUGUCUUGUGUUCUUGGGCUGGACACUGACAGGGAUUUCAAUAGCGUUUGCCAUAAGCGGCUGCCGACGGUGCCUGAAGAGGCGGCUGAGCCCGGAAAAGGGAGCGUACAGCAAAACUCAAACACGAGAGCGGUGUGAGGUCUGAUUAAGGCGGCGGUAGAUCGAGGGUAACUGGCUGUCAUUGAAAACCCUGCGCUUACCUUUAUUGACUGUGUAACUGUUUGUCUAUCUGUCUGUCUGUCUGUCUGUCUGUCUGUCAGUCUGUCUGCCUGUCAGUUUGUCUGUCCGUCUGUUUGUCUGUCUGCCUUAACGGCUGACUGCCUAGUUCUCUAUCUGACCGACUUUCUGACUACCUGACGGUCAAUGAUUUCCUCUUUAUCUGAAUGUCUAUCUUUCUGACCAACUGAUUUUCGCCAUGUUUAUUUGAUUGACUUUCUGACUAUCUUAAUGUCUGUCUGUCUAAAUUUUGUGUGUCCGUCUGCUGUUAUUGUUAUCCUGAUACUGCUUUUUCACGGUCUUAAACUGCAGGGUUUCUUUUUUUUUUUUUUCAGCUAUCAGAAACCAACGGAUUUUAAUCGCAAGAGGUUAAAUCUAUAUACACAAAAACCGCUAUAUCUUCACCUAACACUCAAUGUCCUUGAUGACUGAUAUCAGACAAUAGAUAGCAUGCGAGUAAGCCCUUAUUAUUAUCCAACAGCACAAAGUAGAGUACAAAUAUCUUGCGAUAUUGUACGGUCAUUUGGACAGUUGGUUAUUUUGUACUGUAAAAAGACGCUUCUCUAUUCACUUUGCUUUUCCCGCCAUAUAAGAAAUGAGCAGAAAAACUUGGCAGAACAAAAAGCAGUUGAAUAAUAAAUAACUUAUUAGGCGUUUUGGUGUGUUGUAUCGCUGAGUAUCGUUACUCGUGGUUUGUGAUUUAACUCGCCCUACGGGCUCGAUAAAAUACGGCAUAACUCGUAAAAUACUAAGCGAUGCUAUACACCAAAUUACUCUGUGAUACUAAACACCAAAGCGUCUAAUCAAAUAUAUUUAUUGGCGCUUAAGCACAAGCAUUUUUUUGCCCGCGUGAAGUAUUGAAGCGUUGAGAAAAGCGAGCCAGGGAGGAGCCUGCAAGGGGUCUGGCACUCAUAAUACCUCGUACCAGACCUCUUGCCGACUUCUCGCCUUACUCUGGGCCUCAAACGGGUGACGAACGCUUGUGCCAAAGCCUUAACAAUGACGACCUGCUCGUAGGCAACACAAAGAUGAUUUAUUUCUUUCGCUAAAACACGAGCAAGGAGUCAAAGGAUGCAAUACCUUUCUAAUGAAUCAUACACAUAUACUAUUAAUAUUUUUAAGCGCAAUCCUGAUGCUAACCAAAACUAUCCAAGAAUUUUUACAAGGGGAAGGAAUCAAGCUAUUUUUUAUUACAAAGUGUGAGUAGGGUUUUUUUCCUUUCAUUUAUAACGCAUUUUCGCAGAGAAUUAUUUUCAAAGUGGCUGUGAGCUACUGAAGCAAAAAUUGCUUCAGUAGCUCAUAUUUGUUUCAAGUAUCUAUCAUUCAGUAGCUCAUAUUUGUUUCAAGUAUCUAUCGAUGGGGGAUUUAAAAUAUUCCUUGUAUUGGAAAUUGCUUACCAAUUUGCUUACCAGAUCUGAAAGCUUUAAAAGAAAUUCAGUCGAAUUUGAUGCUCUUCAAAGAACACAGAAAAUUAUCCCAAAAAGGCUUUUGAAUAAAGGAAUAAAGAAACCUAGAUUAAAAUUUAACCUUGAGCUAGAGCUUAUCGGCCUUCGAACAGCUGGGCCCAGAAGAAUUGAAUUUUCCCUUUUAUCAAACUCUGCGAGAUAAAAGGCAAACUUAGUUUGAAAACAGCGAAUUCCACAAGGAUUAUGAAUUAUUAGAGAAGAGGGUUUAAUAUUCAUUUCUCCUUAGACCUAGAAUGUCAAAAUUAUAAUUAUAAGUUUCAUAAGAUACUGAUGUGGUGAGCAAGUGGAACAUAUUAUAAGCUAGAAAUUGACAAAACAAAUCCUUUGCUUCUCACAGGCUGGUACCUCAAUGUGAAUUAGUUAUAUGAGAAAAAAUAUAUAUAGCGCAAGUUCUUCAUUUGACUGUAACUAGUAGCUAAUAUCAUAACAGUCGAAAGAACAUUUUGUUUAAUUUUAAAACCAUGGUGCUACUCUGUUUUUUAGCGAAAGAAGAAUUUUUGCCACUUUUCACAUCAAAAAAAAAUUAAUCAAGUAAUGUACGCCUCUUUAGUUUAGAAAGAAACGUCUUGUUCGACAUUGGAAAAGGAAAUGUUUUAAUUCAGUUCUUCCUUAUCUUUUUAGCAUUUUAGGGGCAAUUUAUUUGGUAGUGAAUGUCAGAGAAAAACGAAAUAUUUCCUUAUUAUCUUAAACGUAACUUAGAUUUAGAAACUAUUUAGUAGAUCGAUUUAUUUUAAAAAUUGCAGUUGAAAUCUAUAAUUGUAGAUGUCGAUGUAUUUAGUUAGGAAAGUUUAUUUGUUGGAAGAGCUCGUUUCAUCGUAGAUCAUAAUUAGGGUUUUUAUCGUUAUUUUUAGAGAAAUUUUCAAUAGAGAGUCGAAAGUAAUCCAAGAUUGCAUCGGUUUAACUCUACUUCGUUCUGUGAUUGGUCCAGAAAGCUCGUGUCACUUUCUCAACCAAUUAGAUGUAAAAGUAACACCAAUCAUGACUUGGUCGCCCGCGUUUUCCCGCGCUUUAGGCAGUUUGGUUGUUUUUACCUCGAGUUCGCAUCUGCUUGUAAAGAUCUUUUUUUUUCCUCUGAUUGAUUGUUGUGAUUCCUUUUGUUUUGCUUUAACGACACGCAAUCAAAAAGCACUCGAUUGAAAAAAUAAAGGUUAGAAAGUGAGAAUUACUCCUAGACUGGUC